UGAAAAUGUUAACUACUUUCAAAGUGCUCUACCUGGUCACUGGUGAUGUCACUAAUUGUCUGCACUGUGAUUGGCUGAGCUCGGUUUGCUGCUGUUGCUUGUUCUGCCUUGUCCUGCCUAACCAAGCGUCAGAACAGAAGUUGAAAACAAGGAAGAUGAAGGCGUCGCUGCUGCUCCUCUUGCUCCUCUGUGGCGUCUCAGCAGACAAUCUCCAUGAGGAAUUGAAUGUGUGCGGCUGUUCUGACGCGGAUGGUGAAUAUGUUAUCACUCUGGAUGGCGAGAUCUUGUGGUUUGCUGACUUCGCCAACAACAAAGCGGUGGAACCUCAGCCCGACUUCAUUGCACACAUUCCUUUCAGAGAAGGAUCUUUUGAGAGAGCUCAAGUCAAUCUGGACGUCUGCAAACAAAACCUGAACACCAGCCGACAGGCAAUGAAGGAUCUGCCACUAGUGUCUGAGGCUCCCUCGCUUCUGUUUGUCUACUCGAGAGAUGAGGUGGUGCUCGGAGAGAAGAACACUCUUAUCUGUCAUGUGACCGGGUUCUAUCCGGCACCUGUCACAGUGCGCUGGACCAGGAACGGUGAGCGCGUGAGCCCAGGGGGACUCACCAGCUCCCCGUUUCCCAACAAAGACGGUUCUUUUCAACAGACAUCUCAACUGGAGUUCACUCCCCAAAAGGGAGACAUUUACAACUGCAUCGUGGAGCACAGGCCCACUAAGGCGCUGCAAAGCGAUAUGUGGGAGAUUGAGGCCAAGCAGCCGGGUAUCGGACCUGCUGUUUUUUGUGGAGUUGGACUGAUUGUUGGACUUGUUGGCGUGGCCACCGGUACAUUCUUCCUUAUCAAAGGGAACCAAUGCAGCUGAUUGGUUGGAACUUAUGUCAGUCAUCACACACUGCUCAAAUAAAUUCUGGCUUCUCAAACACAACUCUGCAAAGAGCAGCUUUUUCAUCUUUCAAUGACAAUAAAUCAAUACUGACAAAUUCAAAUGUCACGAUAUGAUCAUUUGGGGGGUGCAUUGAGGACCUACGUGGGACAUUAAGACAAUCAUGAAGACAGGAAGUUUAACACAGUUACUAUGCUAAGUUAAGGUGUGCCUGGACCUGCUUCACACCUAAAGCAAGGUACUUAGCUUUAGCCUCAUUUAGCUUAUGUGAGCAUGCUGAUCCAUACCAAGGCUUCUUUUCCUCGGGUUCAAACAUAAGACGUAGUAUAGGGCCCAACAUGAAUCCAUUCAAAUGGAUACUCAUAGCCAAGUCAUACAAUUACUUGCAGGUUACCAUGACAACCAACACAAUUCAUAGUAGAAAAUACAAAGUCUCAAAAUGAUACAAAAGUCAAAAACACAU